GCCCCCUCUCCCCCCUCCUCAUUUCCCAGGGACUGGCCAAUCCCUCAUCAGAAAGAAACCAUGGCGAAUUCUGCAUCUGGAAUGGCUGUGAAUGAUGACUGUAAGCUCAAGUUUUUGGAGCUGAAGGCAAAGAGAAACUUCCGUUUCAUCAUCUUCAAGAUCGACGAGAAGAUACAGCAGGUCACUGUGGAGAAGCUCGGCCAGCCUGAUGAGAGCUAUGAUGAUUUCACUGCAAGCUUGCCUGCUAAUGAGUGCCGCUAUGCAGUGUUUGAUUUUGAUUUUGUCACCGAUGAGAAUUGCCAGAAGAGCAAGAUCUUCUUCAUUUCUUGGUCUCCUGAUGCAUCAAGGGUAAGGAGUAAGAUGCUAUACGCUAGCUCCAAGGACAGAUUCAAGAGAGAACUUGAUGGCAUCCAAGUUGAACUACAAGCAACAGAUCCAAGUGAGAUGAGCCUCGAUAUUGUCAAAGGGCGAGCUUUCUAAAGAGCUGAUUGUUUAACCUCUGCUCAGCUCUGGGCCAGAAGUUUCACUAAAACGAGUUACUCGUCUUUAUGCUUGAUGAUAUUUAUGUGAUUAAUUCUUCAAACCAUGUCAAAAGUGUUAUAAGUGUAUUCCAUUUUCCCAUUUAAGUUUCUAAGAAAUUCAAAUGUGAGUUGAUUGUGACUAAAGGCAUUUCGUUUACAUAAAAUAGAUAAUCAGAUUAAGCAA